AUGACUAGGCCUGACAUUUCUUAUGCUGUCCAACAGCUAAGUCAGUUUCUUUCUGAGCCUAGAACACCACACUAUGCUGCUGCUCUUCAUGUUCUGAAAUACCUUAAAGGCACACUCAAUCAUGCCAACAGUGAUGCAGAUUGGGGAUCAUGUGCCUAUAGUGGGAGGUCUCAUACUGGUUUCUGCAUAUUUCUUGGAGACUCUUUAAUAUCUUGGAAGACUAAGAAGCAGAAAGUAGUCUCCAAGAGUUCCACAGAAGCUGAAUAUAGGUCUAUGAGUCAGACCACCAGUGAAGUAGUGUGGAUUGAAGGUUUAUUACAGGAUCUUCACAUACAUGUGCCUACUCCUAUCACCUUAUUUUGUGAUAACAAAUCAGCUCAGUACAUAGCAGAGAAUACUGUCUUCUAA